CAUCAUCCCACUUUUUUGGCGGCAAACUGUAGAUCAAUGCGUAUGUACAUAUGUGUAUGUACAUACAUAGAUUUCUAUUAAUUGAUUAUUCAGAUGAUUAUUCUAAUACUGUCAUGUAAUUUGAAUUUAUAAUAGAAAGAACCAUUACAUUACUAUGCACUGGCUUUUACACAUAUAGUGUGUGUAUAAAAUGUUGAAUGAAAAAUUUGAAACAGUAUUAUUAUGUAAUUAACACACAUAUGUUUGUCAUAAUUAUGUUUAUACCUUGACAAUAAAUGUCAAAUUUACCAAUGAAAUCGAUCAAUGAAUUUGAGUAAUUGAGAACCGCUGUUUAAAUGAGCAACAUGGCGAUUUCCUUGCUUCUUAAGGUUGAAGUAGGUGUAGUCUGGUGUAGUCGUAAAUGAAAUAUAGGAAUAGUCACUAAAUUAUUAUUAGGAACAAAACAGGUUUAACAGUAAGUGUAUAUCUGAUGUGUGUUGUAUGUUUUAAAGAACUAAAGUGGAAAUGUGUUAUACUCGUGCCAAAACAUGGUAAAAUUAUAUGCAUUAUCAGUUUUAUAUAAAAAUCCUACAUCGGCAACAACCUUAAAAUCUGCCUAUGAUGUAGAAUCAUUCUCUUUUUUUCAAAGAGGAAGCGUUAAAGAAUUUAUGAGCUUUGUAAGUAAAACUAUCGUAGAAAGAACUCAGAACAGUUCGAGACAAAGCGUGAAAGAAGGAGAUUACAUGUGUCAUGUAUAUGUUAGAGCUGAUAAUCUUGCUGCAGUUCUUAUAUCGGAUCAUGAAUAUCCAAGAAGAGUGGCUCAUACAUUAAUUACAAAAGUUAUGGAUGAGUUUUCAUUGAAGUAUCCACAGUCAACAUGGGAUACUUUAAGCGAAGCUACCAUUGACUUUGCACAGCUUAAUGUAUAUUUAGCAAAAUAUCAAAAUCCAAAUGAAGCUGAUGCUCUUACCAAAAUGCAGAAUGAUUUAGAUGAAACCAAAAUCAUUUUGCACAAUACAUUGGAAGCUGUUCUUCAAAGAGGAGAGAAAUUGGAUGAUCUUGUUUCAAAAUCAGAGGGCCUUAGCGCUCAGUCGAAAGCAUUUUACAAAACUGCUCGAAAAACUAAUUCUUGUUGCAGUUUAGCUCCUUAAAACCUUAGAUUAAUCGAUAGCAUCAAUCGAUUGCACGAAAUAUUACUGUCAUAACCAGAGUGGCAAAUGCAAAAAAGGAAAUUAGUAUUAUGUAUGUUUGAUUACAGAAACAUUUUACAAAUUCCAUAAUUGGUAUAACGAGUUAAGUUUAAUAUUUUAUGUACAGAUUUUUUAUAUAUAAAACAUGAAUGCACUUAAAUGGUAUAGCAAGCUACUAUCAGAGUUGCCCAAUUGUUUCUAAUAUGCUUACUGAUUUCUAUAAAUCUUUUGUUAAAAUGUGUUCAAUAUGUUGUGACUGAAAAAUACUUUAUUCCAACUAAAUUUUAUUUUAUUUUGUUCAUGCAAUAAUGAAAUAUAUAAAGACGAAGUACAAAUAAAUUAAUUGUAAACGUUUUAUUGACAAAAUUAAGUGCAUGGUGUAAAUUUAUAAACGAUUAUUUUAACGUUUGUUUAUAACGUAGUAAUAAUGAAAAUGAGUAAUAUUUUUGGUAAAUAAUCAUUUUUGUUAACAUUUUUUUAUUAUGUUGUGGUGUUUUCUAUUAAGAAUAUACUACUAAAAUAUUGAAAAUUUGAAAAGAUGGUUAAAAACAGCUAAGGUUUACUAUUUUUACAGAAAUACUAUUGAUAAAGAUAAAAAAAAAAAAAAGUAAAGCAGUUUAGAUAUGAUUUUAUAAUCGA